CAUCCAUCCAUUCAUCAUGCAUCAUGGCCGCUAAGCAUGCGGGAAAAUUUUCAAAUUUUCCUUUAGACGACAAAUAUUCGCUCCUCACAAACUGUCACGAAGUUAUUCACGUACCCUUACCACCUUCGUACAUUAAUACCAAGGUUCGAGGAAUAAAAAAGCUCCUAGACUCCUGGCGGGGCCAGUAUGUGCAAAGAUUGGAUGGAGUGCUGCUGGACUAUGGGCGGCCCGCCCUGGUGGGCAGCAGCGGGAGCAUCCUGGGGGACCAGCCAUACAUUCACGAGGACGUGGCCGCAGACUUCCUCGUCUUCCGGCCCCGGCCGGGCAGCCUGGUCAGGGGACGUAUCAACAAGAUGACGCGCAAGCAUUUGGGCUGCCUGGUGCACGAGCGGGUGCCCGUGAGCGUGCUGCUGCCCGACCGGCCCUGGCCCGAGCUGCUGCCCUACUUGCGCAUGGGCCAGGAGCUGAUCUGCCGGGUGGCCUCCGUCUCCCUCUUCCGGGGCUCCAUCCUCCGGCUCAGGGCACACAUCACCCGCGAGUGUCUGCAGGUGAUGCUGGAGACGGUGCCCGUGGUGCGGGCGUCCCAUGAGGAGGAGCUGGAGGAGUACGAGAGCAACUACGGGGGCGACAGCGAGUGGGACGAGGGAGGGGCCUCGGAGGCCGAGGAGGACCCCCAGGGGCCCUCCUACCUGGACCCCGAGGAGGACUUCACCACGGGGCGGCCCCUGCCCCUCGCAGCCGAGGAACCGAAGACGCCGUCUGGUCGGAAGGGGGCCGGCCGAGCCAAGAGGAAGCGGCCCGGCGAGGACGGGACCUCCUCGACGGGAGACAGGGGUACCCUGGGACUUCUGGGGAGCGACGGUCUGUCGGCGGCCGACACAGUCUCCAUGUCCGACGGCAGCGUGGCCCCGCAGCGUGAAAAAAAGAAGAAGAAAAAGAAGAAGGAGAAGAUCAAAGAUUCUACGUCGGAUGGUUCGACGCAACUGGAGAAGAAGAAAAAGAAGAAGAAAGCGGAGGUGAUGGAGUCGAGAGAGACUUCGCCUGCAAGUCCUGCAAGACCCAGAAAGAAAAAGCUCUUCGACUUGGACAGGGAUGACGAAGCGUUGCUCACUUUCCAAAACAGCAUCUCCUUCUUGCGCAAGGGCAAAAGCAAGACUGGCAAACACGGCCAAAUGUGAUGCCCAAUCCUCGAUUGGAAGGGAGUCGCCGAGGGCAAUGUGCUCCAAAGUCCAUAUCAUUGAACCAUUGGUUUAAGCUCGCGUGGUUUUUACUUUGCACCCUUCGCAAACACUAAUGUUUUUCCAAAUAUUUCUUUUCUUUCUUAACGUACAGCGUGUAUACCAAUGCGCAAACCCACUUCAGAUCAUCCACAAAAUUUGGUUUCUUACGUGUCGUGCUGUGAUUUACUACAUAGGUGUGGCUAGGUGUUGAAAAUUUUGAGUGAAAAUAUCAAUAAAUAAACUUGCCUCGUUCAAAGAAAAAAAAAAGAACCUGUUUUAGGCAAAUUUGGAGAAUUUGGAGACUGUGCCAUAACGGUGCUUGUCAACAGGUGGCGCAAGUGACCCUACUAGAGGAUGCGAUGCCUCAGUCAGUCAUCUCCGUACAAUAAAUGAGGGACUCCGAGGGAUUUAAAUACAUCCUCAUAUUUCGUUGAUUUAAAAAAAAUUAUUGCACUUUGAAAAUUAUACAUUAUACUCCGGAUGAAGUGUAGUCAAAACUUUUGGAAGAUUGUCUGCUAAGCUCGGUGUUGGGGUGUCCUUGACACUUUUGACAUCUGUCGGCAGCAUUGCGCAGACGACACGCACUGUCUGCAAACUUUUGAGUGGAUAAGGCCAUUCGUCGGUAUUUUCACUCCAAGCUUCCACCGCCUAUCCGCACCUCUGUAGUAAAUGGUGGCGCAAUACAUUGAGAAACCGAUUUCUGCGAACCAUCUAAGUGGGUAUGAAGCGUUACUGUACGCGCUGUAUAUGUGUACAGCGAGGCCCUGAAGGCAAGUAGUCCCUCGGAAGAGAUGGCAUAAAUUAUUUUUAACGCAGAGUGUCUUUUAUGAGUCAUUUUUGUGAGAAAAUUGUUAUAAACGAGCUUCAUCAACAA